CUCUUCGAUAUAUCCAAUGGCCAUGUUGUUGGAGGCUAAUGCCUAUAUAAAUAGCCAUCUGAUCUGAUCAUGGUUUCAUCAGUCGAUACUGCCAGAUCUUACUCACUAAAGGUGCAGCUAAUUAGUCCAUUAAUUCAUCCUCCAACCGUUAAUUAGUUACACUUAUGGCGCCGACCGCGCACUGCAGCCACAUCAACAAUGGCGGCCCCCAGAACGGCGGGGCCGUCCUGGUGGAAACGGAAACGGCGCUGCCACAUUGCGCCCACCUGCUCGACGCCGACGAGUUCAGGCGGCAGGGCUACCAAGUUAUCGACUUCAUCGCCGACUACUAUGCCCGCAUGGGUGACUACCCCGUGCACCCCAACGUCACCCCCGGCUUCCUGCGCCGCCAGCUUCCCCUGGACGCACCGUCGAGUCCGGAGCCCGACGCGUUCGCCGCGGCGCUGAAGGACGUCCGCGACCUAAUCCUGCCCGGCAUGACGCACUGGCAGAGCCCUCGCCACUUCGCGCACUUCCCGGCGUCGAGCAGCACUGUUGGCGCCCUAGGCGAGGCCCUCGCGGCAGGCAUCAACGUCGUUCCUUUCACGUGGGCCGCCUCGCCGGCCGCCACGGAGCUCGAGAUGGUGGUCGUGGACUGGCUCGGCAAAGCGCUCCACUUGCCCGAGAGCUUGUUGUUCUGCGGCGGCGGCGGCGGAACAAUUCUCGGCACCUCGUGCGAGGCCAUCCUCUGCGCCCUCGUCGCCGCGAGGGACCGGAAGCUCGCGGACAUCGGUAGCAGGAGGAUCGGAGACCUCGUCGUCUACUGUUCCGACCAGACCCACUUUGCCUUCCGCAAGGCUGCGCAUGUCGCCGGCAUCCACAGUGACAACUGCCGUGCGAUCGCAACGUGCCGUGAUGACAUGUUCGCGCUCUCGCCAACUGUGCUGCAUGCCGCCAUGCAGGCAGACGUGGACGCCGGGCUGGUCCCGCUCUUCCUGUGCGCGACUAUCGGAACCACCCAGACGACCGCCGUGGACCCUAUCCGAGAGCUCUGCGCCGUCGCGGCGACGCACGGCAUCUGGGUCCACGUGGACGCGGCCUACGCGGGCUCGGCGCUGAUCUGCCCGGAGUUCUGCCAUGUGAUCGACGGCGUCGAGGCCGUGGACUCGUUCAGCAUGAACGCUCACAAGUGGCUCCUGGCGAACACCGACUGCUGCGCGCUGUGGGCGAAGAAACCAGCGUUGCUCGUCGCGGCGCUCGGCACGGAGCAGGAGUACAUCCUCAAGGACGCGGCCGCGGAGGGGGCCGACGUCGUGGACUACAAGGACUGGUCCGUGACGCUGACCCGCCGGUUCCGCGCGCUCAAGCUGUGGCUCGUGCUCCGCUGCUACGGCAUUGAGGGCCUGCGCGACCACGUCCGCGCCCACGUGCGCAUGGCCGCGUCGUUCGAGAACAUGGUGCAGGGCGACUCGCGGUUCGAGGUGGUGGUGACGAGGCAGUUCGCACUGGUGUGCUUCCGGCUCCGAUCGCCGGAGAAGGUCGGCGGCGAGAAGAAGGCCAACGAGCUCAACAGGAGGCUCCUUGAAGAGGUGAACCGGAACGGCUCGGGGCCGUACAUGAGCUCCGCCAUGGUGGAUGGCAUUUACAUGCUCAGGUGCGCCGUCGGGAGCACGCUUACGGAGGAGCGGCACGUCCGCGAGGCGUGGAGGGUCGUGCAGGCUCGAGCUGCUUCCCUCCUUCGUAAAAUGGAGAUUAUUUACAGCGUGGUUUCCUAAGCUGGACUACUCAUUUGACCUUGGCAUGGGUGAGAUCCCUGUCUAAUCUACUCUACUUGGCGAUCGGUAAGAACCAUGAAUAUACAUUGGGUCAAUUUGUUAAAUAAAUUUGGACGGUUACACGUAUACUUUUUUUUUUGUGGCGAGGAUUACACGUAUACUUGUUUUACACCCUCGGAAUGUACUUCUUUUUCUUCCUUACAAAAUGUACCUUCUUUUUCAGAUAUAUAUUGUGCAAAAUAUAUCUCUUAGACGCUAUCAUGUGAAAGGAGGUUCGGUGAUUGAACUUCAUGCAAUUUCGUCCA